GAGCCGUUUGAUUGCCUUGUCUGUUCUCCGUCCCGGAGAAAUAGGCGGAAAGGAGAGAUUUUGAGCUCCCUGUCCUGUCACCAUUUUUGGUGAGUGUACCUUUCUAGGUUUUCUUCUGUUUGGCAUCCGCGGCAAAUGGAGGCUCUUCUAGCGGUGGGACAAUUAUGUCGGCAAAGACGUUGAGGAGUGGCGACUGGCGAAGCCAGGGGGAGUAGCAAUCAACGUUGUGUGUCUCUGUGUGUUUCUGAAUAUUUUAUCAUCUGGAGCAACUGUUGCUCCCUACCGACUCUAUUUAUUUGGAGAUCGAUCGAGUUUUGUGGCGACUUACAACAAUUAAAAAAAAAAGUUUUCUUUGUCCUGCAAGAAGUAAGUCAGGGAAGUUCUGAUCGGAAAGGAGUAAACUAGUUGGCAAAGCUUGAGCUUUUUCUAGUUUUCUCUUGUCAAAAUCCCUUCGGCGGGGAAAUCUGCGGCACAAGAAGCAUUGUUUCAGCGCUUUGUGGUCUCAGUCCAUGCCAUUGAAUGAAAACUACGGCUUUGGCGACUUAAAUGCAAACGGUGUCGGGAAAAUGGGAAUUCUGCUUUGAAGCGGAGAAAGUCGAGCCUUUGACCGCCUCUUCAUCUUCUCUAGAGGUGGAUCCACUUCUCAAGGAUUUAACAGAGAAAAAGUUGAUCUUUAAGAAGAACGUAGCUACGUUGGCAGCUGAGCUGAAAGAUGUCAGGCACCGCUUGGUUUCGCAGGAGCAGUCUUUUGCGAAAGAGGCCCAUGCUAGGAAGGUAGCAGAGAUGAGAGCAGGGAGCAUGGAAGAGGAAAUAGGCCGGUUGCAGAUGUGCUUGCAAGAGAAGGAUGAGGAGCUCAAUGCAACCUUGAGUACCACUCAGCAGUAUACAAAGGAGUUGGAUGUUUUAAAAUCUCAACUGUCAAUCACUCAAGCAACUGCUGAUGCUAGUGUUGUAUCAGCUAAAUCAGCUCAAACUCAAUGCUUAGAUUUGUUAAGAGAUCUGGAUGAAAAAAAUAGUUUGCUAGAAGCACAUGAAGACAGAGUAAAUAAACUUGGGAAGCAGAUAGACCUUCUGCAAAAAGAUCUCAAAUCAAGAGAACUCUCACAAAGGCAACUAAGGGAGGAAGUAUUGCGAAUAGAGAAAGGAAUAAUGGAUGUGGUUGAAAUAGCUGGAGCUAAAAAGGACUGUGAAUUUAGGAAGAUUUUGACCGAAGUUUUGCCAAAGAACAUUGAGAAUAUCAAUAAGCAUCUGACUGCAAAAGAUGAAGAAAUUGCUAGGUUGAGGGAUGAGAUUAGAGUCUUGUCUGUGCACUGGAAACAGCAAAGUGAGGAAUUACAAGCACAGCUAGAACAACAACGUAGAGUUGAUCAGGAGCUGAAGAAGAGGAUAAUGAAACUUGAAUUUUGUCUUCAAGAAGCACGGACCCAGAUGAGAAAAUUUCAGAAGAUGGGUGAGAAAAGAGACAAGGCUAUUAAGGAGUUAAAGGAUCAAUUGGCUACAAAGCAGCCGAACUGUUCAAGUUGCGGAAAUAGAGUAAAUUUUUGGGAGAGACAAGGGUUUAAGAUCAUUGCUUCGAUGUCUAUGCUGGUCCUUGUUAUUUUUGCAAAGAGAUAGAGUAAGAGCUUUUUGGUUGUUGCCUUUGUAAAUGAAUGUAGGCGCAGUUUCACGUUACAAGAUCGAUACCAUGUAUAAAUAUGUGCACUCUGACUACCAAGCAAUUUUUUAGAGGCUAUCAAUGGCUGGAUGGAUUAAUUCA